UUUGGAAAUGAUCAACAUCGUGCCCCGCCCCCAGCGACUGUCAAUCGACCUCACGCCUUGGCCCUCCCGGCUCACCCAGCAUACACCGGCUUAUUGACGGCUGUCCCGUCCCCACGGUGAAGCAGAGGCGGGCAAAGAAAAACGCUAGCCAGCCAAAGGGUUGACCGGCGAGGCGGGUGCGGGGUUCGCGUCUGUGGCCCCUCAUUAUUGAGAGAAGAGUGGGUGAGUGGCGCGAGGACAACGCUGGCGAUUCCGCUGAAAUCUGGUGGAAUGGGGGUUCGGCGCGAGCUGAUUCAGUUGGAACCCAGCGCUUGCGCACUAAUUGUUCCGUGGUCGGUAUAAAAGGCGGAGCGGGGAGCAUCCCUGGAAUCAGUGGGUACAGGGUAAGAAGAAUGGGCCUCUGACAAUGCUAGGACUAUCAUGGGUAGUAUCAGGUUCCACUAUUUCUGUUAUGGAUGCCUUUUUUCUUCGUUGCUUUGGACAUUUCUCCUGUUCAUCUAUUUCAAUCUAAAUUGGGAAAAAUAUACUUUCAGUAAUGUGCCCUUCCAGGGGAAUCCAGGAGUAGCACAGAAAUUUCAGCCUCCAGUAAUACAAAGUCAUAAAUGGCUUCCUGAAUUUCAGCAACAUGGUACUCCGUUUAUAAAACCCAUUAAUAAAGAAUUGAAAGAAAUUGAGCUGUCUCCUGAGUUGGGAAGGAUUUUCAAUGAAGCUGAUCAGGAGAUUCGGGAUAUGGGAUACCAGAAACAUGCUUUUAACGUGCUUAUCAGUAAUCGUUUAGGUUAUCAUCGGGAUAUUCCUGAUACCAGAGAUCCAAAAUGUAAAGAGAAAAGCUACCCUGCCGAUUUGCCAUCUGCUAGUGUUAUUAUAUGCUUUUAUAAUGAAGCAAUAUCAGCACUGCUUCGGACAGUUCACAGCAUCCUGGAUCGCACGCCUGCAUACUUAUUACAUGAAAUUAUCCUGGUGGAUGACAGGAGUGAUUUCAUUGAAUUAAAAGAUGAACUUGAGAAGUACAUUGACAACAACCAACUUAAAAAAGUGAAACUAAUAAGGAAUGUAAUGCGAGAAGGACUAAUACGUGGCAGAAUGGUUGGAUCAUCUCAUGCAGCAGGUGAUGUACUGGUGUUCCUCGAUAGUCAUUGUGAAGUAAACGAGAUGUGGCUGCAGCCUCUCCUGACUCUAAUUAAGGAAGAUCACCACUCUGUAGUCUGCCCACUGAUUGAUAUCAUCAAUGCUGACACACUAAUCUACAGUUCUUCUCCAAUCGUGAGAGGAGGGUUUAACUGGGGUCUGCACUUCAAGUGGGAUCCUGUGCCUGUCUCACUGCUGAAUGGACCAGAAGGAGCAACUGAACCAUUCAAAUCACCUACAAUGGCUGGAGGAUUGUUUGCCAUUAAUCGGGAUUACUUCAAUAAACUGGGACAGUAUGACAGUGGCAUGGAUAUAUGGGGAGGAGAAAACCUGGAAAUCUCCUUUAGGAUUUGGAUGUGUGGUGGGCAGCUGAAAAUAGUCCCAUGUUCUCGUGUUGGGCAUAUAUUCCGCAAAUGGCGACCAUAUGGCUCACCAGGAGGAGUGGAUACCAUGGCAUAUAAUUCUCUGCGUCUUUCUCAUGUCUGGAUGGAUGAAUAUAAGGAACAAUACUUAUCCUUAAGACCUGAUUUGCGGAAACAAAAUUAUGGUGACAUUAGUGAGCGUUUGGAACUGAGAAAGAAACUGAACUGCACAUCUUUCAAGUGGUACCUGGACAAUGUAUAUCCAGAGAUGAAAAUUAAUGGACUAAAUGGAAAAGCCAGAAUGCAACAGCCAAUAUUUAUGAACAAAAAUCCUAAACGGUCUAAAAUACUACAGCGGGGAAGGCUGUACAAUUUACAAACCAGCAAAUGCCUGGUUGCCCAAAAAUAUCCUGAUCAAAAAGGAGGGAUAGUGGUUGUUAAAGAAUGUGAUUGGACGGAUUCAAAUCAGGUUUGGGUAUACAAUGAAGAACAUGACCUUAUUCUGGCCAACCUACUUUGUUUGGAUAUGUCUGAGACCCAUUCGUCAGACUCUCCUCGUCUUAUGAAAUGCCAUGGUAGUGGAGGGUCACAACAUUGGACUCUGGGGGCAAAUAAUUCUUUGUAUCAGAUAUCAGCUGGACAAUGCCUGAAGGUGAUCGAUCCAGAUAAUCCCAAAGGAUAUGUUGCUAUGGCAAUUUGUGACGGUUCCAGAUCACAGCAGUGGAAACUAGACAACUGAUAACUAGGACAGAAGAAACAGAUGUAAACAAAGGGACACCAUUUUAUACAACAUAAGAGGGUGCUGACAGACCGAUCUGUCAUUGACAUGGAGAUGCACCAAGAACAUUUAACUGUCCAUCUUCAGUCUCAAGUCAGGCAAGUAAACUGAUCUGGUCAGUGUGGUGCCAUGGGGUCACAACAGCAACUGCACCUCUUUCCAAACUAAAGGGUUUUGUUGAUGGCCAAUGUCGGAGAUUCCUUUUGCUUACACAAAUAGGGUCUUUUAUGUUUAUGUAUAUAGCUUCAAUCACACUGUGUGAGCUUGACUGAUCAGAAUCAUGCUAACCAGCCAAUGUGUGCAAGCCUCAGAAAAGAACAUCCACCAUUAGAUGUCAUCCUGCUAUUGGAAAUCACAUCAAUGAAUACGGUCUCUGCUAAUGGUUACACUGGCAUCCAAUUUAAGAUCAGCAGGGCCUGCAGUGUGAUGUGUUUAUGCCUGCUAGAAGCUAUAUCUGUAAGUGCACAGAUAUUUAAGCAAAGGAGAUGCUUUAUUUAAGCAAAGGAGAUUUUUACAUACAUGUACCAUUUCUUUUCCAAAACAGGAAGUCCUGGAGACAGCCAAUUUCGGUUGCAACCCAUGGCAACAUCCUGACUAAUCAGAGUUUACCUGCCUGGUCUGAGAAUUAAGGUUAACAGUUCACUGCUACAUCUCCAUGUUAAUGAUGGCCCAAUCAAACAGCAUUCUCUUCGUAGGUGCUGUAUAAAGUAAUGUUCCUUUAAGUUUUCUUCUGAUCAGUGUAGGAUGAACAGCUUCAACUUUUUUCCUUUUAGUAGUGGUUAAGAACACUGGCUCAUUCCAGGAAUUUGAAAACUUUAACCUAAUUGUUUGAACAAUUCUGGAAAUCAAAAAAAUCAAAAAUGUGACCAUGAACCGAUUGAAUCCAUGUUAUUUAAAAUAAAGUAGUUCAUAAUUUUCCUUAUGAAAGGAAACUCCAGUUCCAACUGUGCUCCAAAGCAGCCUGCCAGUUGACCAUUAUUAAAUGGGUCUUAAUGUCUAUUUUGACUUUUCUUAAAAAACAUAAAGUUAAAUUAUUCUUCCAACUUUAUUCCAACCAAAGUUAGUAAGUUUUGAAACGGAGUUGCAAUUUCUGACCAAAUUCCUUUGCUUAGACUAGAAUUUGAAGUAAAUGUCUAAAUAACUUUUUUUUUAUGCAAGUGGACUGGAGAAUCUCCAAUUGGAUUAAAAAUAUCAACCUAUUUACUUUUUGAAUAUUUAUGUAAAAUCUGUAGAGAUGGAGAGUACGUAAUUAUCCUACAGUAGUUGCUACCUGGGUUUUUUUUAAAGCAUAAGUUUUGAAAUGGGUAAUGGUGAUUGAUAUAGAACAGACUAACGUCACUAAUAUUGAAUAUAGAUUCAACCAGUAUAUUGUUCUACACUGUGUACACUUCAGUCCAUGAAUGUGAGCUGUUAAGUAGAAAACCCAGGUUGUUAGUCAUACAUUUGGGAAUUUGGAAAAAUAAAUCCAUUGUAUUCUGAAGCAGCUUCUGCCACUUGAGCUUUGCUUGCUUCGACAAAGAUUUAGCAAAGUUUUUUUAUAAACAAAUUUACAGACAUUCUUCCUAUUUAAGAUAUAUUCCCAGUGGAUUGACAGGAACUUCAAGUAGAGAUCAAAGACUCUAAUGAGAAAUAAUACUUUGUACAGACUCAUGAUCUGAAGUACCACUCUACACAGUGGAAUACUUACAUUUUUCAAAGCUGUUUUUUUUCAUUUGAAACCCAAUUAAAUUUUAAUUUAAUAAAUGAUCACUAACUGGAAAAUUGAUAACUACAUGUUUUGGUUGCAACUAGAUGAUUUUACUUGUCUUUCUGAAUUGAGGAAUUAGUUCAGGCCCAGUUCAAAAAAGGCUUGAAUCAUUUCUGUUUACAUAAAUGUGACAUUGAUGCAAAAUAUGAAUCAGCGAACGAGUAAUUCAUCUUAAGCUUAAGCAGCAAACCAUUGUAAAUUAGAUAUUCAUGUUAAUUAUAACUUUGUUAAUUGUUAAAGAAAAUUCUCUAUAUUGAACGAAUAACCAUUUUAUUUUAUUGAACGAUCAAGCUGCUAGAUAUUUAUUGGAAUA